ACAUAACCUCUACAGUAUCAACGCAAGCCUUGGCGGCGCGACUCCAGACGACCAAACUGGUUCUUGCUUUUCCAGCGAUCAAUUGGUGUACAAACAUAUGUAACUAGCUAAAAGUGACACAUAAUUGCAUCUAAGAAGCCAUUUAUCGAUGGAAGCGGAGCCGAAAGCGAAACGGCAGAAAAUGGCGCCCGGCAGCAAACCCGCUCCGGCGGUCGGCGUCGUGGACUAUCGCUACAAUGAGCGCAACGUCUUCUCGCUCAUGCUCCAGGGCGCCAGCGGCGGCCUGGAGACGCCAAUCAUUUUCGAUUCCACGCAUACCUUUGCGCUCCUCGACAAAUUCCCGCUCGCGCGCGGCCACUCGCUGCUGGUGGUCAAGGCGCCGGUAGCGACGCUGCUCGAGGACCUGAAGCCCGAGGUCGCAGCCGCGGCGUUCGCCGACCUACAGGCGCUCUGUCGCGCGCUGGUCGCUGCCACCGGCUGCGCGGGGCUUCGCGUGACCCAGGCCUCCGGCCCCGCCGCCGGCCAGACCGUGCCGCAGCUGCAUUUCCACAUCGUGCCCGUCUACACCAACAACAACAACAACAACACCAAUGCCGACAGCGGCACUGCCUCAGCCGCCCCCUCCGCCUCCGCCACAGCCGGCGCCGGCGAAGCCGCCGCCGACGCCAACGCCGCCACCGCAGCCUCCGCCACCGCAGCCUCAGCACCAGCAGUAGCAGCCCCGGCGGCGGAUGCCGGAGGCGGCCUCAGGUCCCAGCUACUGCCGGGCGAGGCGGGGCCGCUGCUGGCGGCGCUGCGCAACCGGCUGCCGGCGACCUACGCCCCCGGCUACCACGCCUGGGCGGGGGAUGAGGGCGAGAUGGAGGGGCUGGGAGCAGCGCUGCACCAGGCGUUCGGCCAGCCCGGCUCCAUCAUUGGUCUCAGCGGGCAAUUGGGCGCGGGCAAAUCCACGAUCAGCCGCGGGUUCGUGCGCGCCUUCGCUCGGGACCCCCUCCUGGCCGUGCCCUCCCCCACCUUCCUGCUCUGCCUGUCGUACGCGGAUGACACCGCGCACGAGCGCCGGGAGGCGGCGGUUGGCGGAGAGGCGGUUGCAGCGGUUGGUGAGGCGGUUGGUGUGGCGGUUGGUGAGGUGGUUGAGACGGUUGGUGGCGGCGAGGCGGCCGCGGCAGGCUGUGGCGCGGGCGUGGAGGGAGGAGUGGGCGCGGGUACCGCAGCAGUGCCGAUGGAGGCGCCAGCUUCUGGAUCUGGAUCUGGAUCUGGAUCUGGAUCCGGCGUCCCGGAGCAGCAGCAGCAGCAGCAGCAGCAACAACAGCAGCCAUUGCGGUCGGAUCGCGCUGGAUCCGUGCACCACAUGGAUCCGUACCGCCUGGGCGGUGGAUCCAAAUCCGACAAGAUGGCGGGCCUGAUUGAUUUUGCAUCCGCCUUCUCCAAAGACGUGUGCCUGAUCGAGUGGCCGGACCGAAUGCCGGGCUCCGUCAUGGCACUGAGUGCGGGCGGGCUGGCGGUGGACGUGAGCGGCAUGGGCGCGCAGGCCUCAGGCAGGCUGGUCACACUCACACCCAUGGGCAACCGCUUCCACCCACCGCCGCCAAAGGGCCGAGUGGCGAAGGAGGCCGCGGCGGCGGCGGCCGAAGCCGCCGCCGCCGCCGAAGCCGCCGCCAAAGCCGCCGCCGAAGCCGCCGCAGGAGCGUCGGGAGCGGCACAGGAGCCGCCGGCGGCGCCCCUGGGUGUGGAGGCGAACGAGCGGGCGGCACGGGUGAUUGAGGAGUGGCGGCGGACGUACCCCUCAGGCCGACUGCCCACCCCGGCAGUUGCUUGGCGCCGCGGCGGCGGCGGCGGCGGCGGCGCUGGUCUGAAUGAUGGCUUGGUUGGGGCUGGAGGUGGCGGCGGCGCCGCCACCACCAUCAACGCCACGGCGGCGGCGGCGCUGGCGGGCGGGGCGGCGGCGGCGGCGGGCUGGGUGGUGCUGGGGAUUGAGAGCAGCUGUGACGACACGGCGGCGGCGGUGGUGCGGGGGGAUGGGACCGUGCUAAGCCACGUGAUGGCUUCACAGACGGGGCUGCACGAGCAGUACGGGGGCGUGAAGCCCGACGUGGCGCGGCAGGCGCACGCGGCGGCCAUAGAGGCCACGGUGGAUGGCGCGCUGGCGGCUGCGGGGCUGCGGCCGGAGCAGCUGACGGCGGUGGCGGUGACGGCGGGGCCGGGUCUGGCGCUGUGCCUGCAGGUGGGCGUGCAGCACGGGCUGCGGCUUGCUGCGGCGCACGGGCUGCCCUUCGUGCCCUGCCACCAUAUGGAGGCGCACGCGCUCAUGACACGCCUGCCGUCUGUCAAUGAGGCACCCAUGCAGUUCCCCUCGCUGCUGCUGCUGUUCCCCUCGCUGCUGCUGCUGGUGUCGGGCGGCCACAACCUGCUGGUGCUGUGCGAGGGGGUGGGGCGGCACCGCAUCCUGGGCACGACGCUGGACGACUCCGUGGGCGAGUGCUUCGACAAGAUCGCGCGCAUGGCGGGCAUAACCGCGGUGCCGGGCGGUCCUCACCUGGAGCGCCUCGCCGCCACCGCCCGCCCCGACGCCUUGUCGCGCUACCCGCUCACCAUGCCGCUCGCCAACGGGGCGCAGCGCGACAGCUGCAACUUUAGCUUCAGCGGCCUGAAGACGCAGGUGGCCACGCUCAUCGCCGCACGCCGGAAGGAGCUCCAGCUCCCCGACUUGCCCCUGCCGCCUGCCAUCGCCGCCGAGCGGGCUGCAGCUAAGACAGCAGCCGCCGCCGCCGCCGCAGCCACUGGCGCCGCCGCCGCAGCUGCAGCUGCCGCCGCGGAAGAGGGCGAGAAUGACGAUGGUGGAGAGAACGGGUCUGCCUCUGCCACUGCGACGGAGGCGGCGGCUGCCGGGAAAGCGGGGGAGAAGGAGGCGGGGCAGCAGGGGCAGGAGGGGGAGGAGGUGAUUAGCGAGGAGGAGCGGCAGCGGCGGGCGGAGGGGGAGGCGGCGUUCAUGCAGACGUGUGCGGACCUGGCGGCAUCCUUCCAACGCACCGCUGUCAAGUUCCUGCAGCAGCGGACACGCCGAGCCCUGCAGUGGCUGCGCGAGGACGCAGAACAGCUGGGGGCCCUCGCCCCCCCAGGAGCCCGCGCCGGCCCCGGCAGUAGCAGCAUUGGCAUUGGCAGUAGCACCACCGCUGCAGCAGGAGGCGGCAGUAGCACCACUGGUGGCGCAGCAGCAGCCGGUGCCGGCAGUAGCAACAGCGGCGGCGGCGGCGGCGGCGGCGGCGCCCCGGGCGGCUUCGUGCGUUCGCUGGUGGUGGCGGGCGGCGUGGCGGCGAAUGCGGCGGUGCGGGCGGGGCUUGCGGAGGUGGCGGCGGAGUUCGGCCUGCCCUGCGUCUACCCGCCCGUAAAGUACUGCACCGACAAUGGUUUGAUGGUGGCCUGGACCGGUGUGGAGCGUCUGCGGCUGGGGCUGUACUCGCAGCCGCCAGCGCCGGCGGACGCUGAGGGAGACAAGCUGGAUGCGCAAGUGCAGGUGAUCCCGCGCUGGCCCAUUGGACCCAUGGACCCGCGCAGCACAGCCAACAAGGGCCGCGCACACAUCAAGCUGCUACACUGAGGCGGCGGCGGCGGCGGUGGCGGUGGCGGAGGCGGAGGCGGAGGCGGAGGCGGUGGCGGUGGCGGUGGCGGUGGCGGUGGCGGAGGUGGUGGCGGUGGCGGUGGCGGUGGCGGUGGCGGUGGCGGUGGCGGUGGCGGUGGCGGUGGCGGAGGCGGAGGUGGAGGCGGAGGCGGAGGCGGAGGCGGAGGCGGCGGUGGCGGUGGCGGUGGCGGCGGUGGCGCCCGGCUCUUCGGCUCCCAGGCCAGCAGUGACCCGAGGGCCACGCUUUACGCGGCCGCAGGCCGCAUCAACAUCACUGGCGCCGGCGGCGGAGAUACUGGCCGGGAAGCAGCGGUGGUGGUGGUGGUGGCGGAGGCGGUAGCGGCGGAGAUCGCAAGAUGACAAGUAGACAUUGGCAUUGGCAUAAGAGGAUGGAGUCUGCUUGGGGUUUGGGUGGGGGGGUGGGGGUUUGGGUGGGGGGUGGGGUUACAUUUAUGAUUAGUUAAGGAAGUGGUAGUGGGGGUGGGGUGGGGUGUGGGCGGGGGGGGGGUUGUAAAUACCAGUUUAAACUGCACCAAAACCAACGAAAACGAGCGGAGUGCGGCGGAGGGUUCGCCUGGCUGCCGUGCAAGCGCCGCUGCGUGAGGCCGAGUGACCUGGUUGGGUAUGGCGGCUGGUGUUUGCCAAGGCGUUGGGCGGGCGUCCUCCAUCAUCCAUGGUGAUUGGCGAUUGCUUGGCGAUUGAUUUGUAGGACGGUAGGACAGCUGGCAGUUCCAGAUGGAUGGAUCCAGAUGGAUGGAUCCAGAUGGAUGGAUCCAGCGCAGGAGCAGAUGGAUGUGGAAGGCCCCAGAAUACCGCGGCUCAGGAUGUGUGCCCGGGGGACACCCCCGGAAUUGGGCCGGGGCGAGCGGUACUGCAUCCCUCCGGCUGGUCUGGCGGGCUCUGGCGGGUGCGUGUAUACCGUGUGCGUAUCCCAGGUGGUUGGUGAUGUCGUGUCGGUGGCCUCUGGUGGCGUCGCGGGGGGCCGGAGUGUGGGUGUACAGGGCUGGAGGGAAACGCAGUCAGUAGCGCAAACUGCAAGUCCUCCUCCAGGGGACAUUACCGUCGUGCGGGCUGGAGUGUGGGUGUACAGGGCUGGAGGGUUGGAGGGUUGGAGGGCUGGCGGGUUGGCGGGGAUGACUGGUGAGCCUGCGUGAAUGCUGUUGGCAUGGACCGUGCUCCUUUGUGGGUGCUGGUGGUGGUGGUGGUGGUGGUGGUGGUGGUGGUGGUGGUGGUGGUGGUGGUGGUGAUGGUGAUGGGUGUGUGCGCGCACGUGGUGGGCAUGAGGGAGGGGGGGGGGGGUUGUAAAUCAGGGCUCCU